AUUUUGAAUUGGUAUUCUAUGAACAUUACGUGAACUUGCAGAUAUGGAAGUACAAUGUUUGGUAAAACGCGCCAAUGUUCCUCAAUAUACUCUUGGAUUACUGCAAGGGAGGAAAGUUAAUCGUAUCUCAAAGGUUCAACUUGAUCUACGAUAUAAUGCAAACAAUUCAGACGGCAUUGAUGCAGUGGUGAUUUUGUCGGAUUCGAACGACCACGUUAAAUUCAGAGAAAAACUAAAUGGAGACAUUUCUAGUAAAGUUCUCGCAGAAAUUAUUACAACGAAAUCGGAGUUGGAAGUUCUCAGUAUCUGCGGAGCAAAUCUGACAUGGCUGUCACUUGAAUAUCUUCGGACGAUAUUACGAUCUGGCAAUGUAACCCAGUUUCUUCCACUUACGAGUUGUCACGGAGAUGGUGCUCUAUUCAAUAUGAAGAACUAUGAAAGACUCCGAGCUUCUAACAAGUAUGAUAUCAGGAUUGGCUGGUUUUAUUACAUCGGAGACUUGGAUCUGGACCGCAUUUAUCUCAAUUCACUCCAGGUCACUACAAUUUAUCCUCCAAACCUUUACAACUACGCUUUAUAUUGCUACCCAGUUCUCAAUUGGGUUGCAACCCAAAAUUUCAAUACUGGAGUAUCGGAUCCGCCUCCAUCAUGCGCAACCAGGAGCACAAUCUCUGAUUUCUCUACAGCUUCACUCAGAACAGACAUGAUGUCACCUACACAAAGUGUGUUUUCGGACGAAGCAGGAAGCAGUGGGAAUGCACCGAGCGAAGAAUUGCAGUCUAUCUCAGGGAGCUGGGCAACGGACCAAUUCUCAGUAAACGCUUGGUCUGGAAGAGAUUCGUUUGCUCCCUCGUCAAAUAUUAGCAAGGGUGACUCAGGACAUAAUUCGGGAGACGAAAUUAGUUAG